UAUGAAGUUUUAAUGGGUGUAGGGUUAGUUGUCUCGUCAAUUUUUGUCACGAAGUGUAAUGAAAAUAGUAAGCUGAUAAAAAGACAAAUCAGUAGGUGGCAGCAUGCACCAAUAAUAAUUGUAUGCAAACCGCCAUUAUACCGAAGAAGAAGACGUUUUCUUGCUUUACAACAGCCCUUCUCGCAGGAAGUGUGAAUGCCCUAACAUCUAGCACGGUUGCAUUGCUGUAAAAUUCCACUGCGGACGUCGGAUUGAACAUACUUUGGGUUUCACUGGUUCGCUGCACGGACAGCGCAGCGGUAAUCAGGCUGGUAUUUUAUAGGCUACACUUACUGGGCCUCAGACAAUUAAAACUAUCUGGACUCCCGAAGAGGACGUUGUUCCAACAGACUCUCGGGUAGAGUUAGACGAGAACAGAUAACACGAUUCUUGGUGAAUAGGGCUUUAAACGUUUUUACUUUAAUAGAUCAGGUCAAAUCUAUGUGAGAUUAGCCUACAUCACAUUUAUUUGUCACCACUAAAGUUUUGAUAUUGAAAAGGACGUCUGAUUGCUCUGAUCUGGCUGUUUUUUAAAUCUGAAUUCUGCAACAAAGAAAGUAACUAGUGUAGGCUAGCUACAGAUGUACUGUCGUGUUUUUAUUUGAAGAAAUAAUAGCUUCCACGAUGGAUCGGGACAGAGCUAGUCCGUCCCCUUCCAACCUGCCGGAGUCCCCUGGUCACAACUCUCCUGGUAGCGCCUUACUGCUGGAUCUGAAGAGGGUGUCUGUGAGGCUGGUCGACUGCAGGAAAACACCAGGGCAGAGUGGAACUGUGAGAGAAGGACAUGAGGAGGUUGAUUUGAUUUCAUCAAGUGACACCCCUAACUGUCGUUCUCUCAGUGGGAGGAGCUUAUCAUCUGGGGAGCCUCAACAACAUGUUACUGACGUGACAGAGAAGAGUCUCUCCAGAUCAGAACACCUCAAGAAACACCAGCAGAGAUGUAGAGGGAAGAAAACUCACCACUACUGCUUUGACUGUGGAAAGAGUUUCACUCGCAGGAGUGGCUUCAUUAUGCACCAGCGGAUUCACACCCGAGAGAAACCGUACUGCUGCUCUCAGUGUGGGAAGAGUUUCACCUGUGCAGGAGGUCUUAAAGUACACCAAAGAAUCCAUACUGGAGAGAAGCCUUACAGCUGCCCAGAAUGUGGGAAGUGUUUUACUGCUUCUAACGCCUUCAAAUAUCAUUUGCGGAAUUCAUACAGGGAGCGGCCUUACCCC